AAUGGAGGCCGCACAACCGAUUUCGGAGGCUGCCCCGCGCGUCGCACCGGUGCCGAGCGCAAUCGAGACUUCGUCAAUACUGCUGCGACACCGCAAAAAUCCAACGUGCACUGCAGCAGCGAUGGCCGAAGCCUUCGUCAACGCCAUCAGCGCGGCGCUCACCAGUAACACCUACGGCAUCGCGGGAGCCUGCGCGCCCUCGAACGGCGGCGUCGUCUUCACGAAUGCAAAGAAGCAGGCGCGACUCGUGCCGGCGCCGGAGUUCGCGCGCCUGGCCGCGGCCUACGGGAACGCGCCGACCGAGCAGCAGAAGAGCGCGCUCGUCGAGUGCGCCUGCCGCGCUUAUGUUGGAGGUGCCGCCGACGUUCCGAGUGGAUGGGACGACGCUAAGAGUAGAUUACUUCCACAGCUCUGGACCCUGUCCAAGAUAAGGCAGAAACAAUCGACGCUGCCGCCGGGCGUCGUAUUACCGUACUGCGGGCUCCAUGGCGAGGACGACUCGACGCUCUAUGAUGUUGGGGUGGUUUUAGUUUGUGACUUCGCGCCCGAAGACGCGAACAACGCGCCGUCGCUCGAAACGGUCGUAUUAUCCAAGGAUAUCAGAAACUGGUCGAUAAGUUGGACCGACGCCUUGCGAAGCGCGCUGGACAACCUGCGCCAACGGACUCGAAGGCUGGAGGCCUCUUCUGGCUUCCAAAAGAGGUGGGAGCACCAUCCUUCCGGAUGUGGGUCUACUCUAUGGCGGGAUCGAUACGACGCCGCGAGAUGUGCGCUACUACCCUCAGUCGUAGCUAGAAGAAAGAGAGAAGACGGCCAGCCCGAGCCCGGCGCGCACGUCUGCGUGUUCGCGGCGCGGGGCUUAGCUCUGGGCUCCACCUCCAAAAACGCGCUGGGCUUGUGUUACCUCGGGGACGUCGUGCACACGAAGAUCAAGCCUACCGGCGACAUGCUCUCGGCCCAGGCUUAUCGAUUAGUGAAAGUGAAGACCGCUCCGGGUCGAAAGCACCCGCUGGUCCAGAAGGCCGGCGAGGGCGUGACCUGGAAGUGGCUCCCCUACGCGCCGGCUGCUCUGAGUGGAGAGUUCUCGCUCCCGACCUCGAAGGACGAGGUCGAGGCUUUAUUAGAAUGUAUUGAAAAUGGCAGGCCGUGCCCCGUCUUCGGGCCUACCGAGGACCAGCGGCGCUUUGAGGUGAGGAAGAGCGCGUUCGACGGGAGCAAGGCACAAGGGAAUGCUUCUUUCCAAGGGAAGGACUGGAAGGGCGCGUUGCAGAGUUAUGAUCGAGCCUGUAAGGUGGCCAGUGAAGCUGCGUCUGAUAGGAUGCCCCUCUACCCGGACGAGCCGCGGCCUCUCGCCGCGGUCCACGCGAACGCCGCGCUAUGUUUCAUGAAGCUCGCUGAAGAGUCAGAAGGUAAACAGCGGGAGGUGCUCUAUGCGCAGGCCCUGAAACGGGCCAUGAGCUCCGCCGAGGCCGACGGCACGUACGCGAAAGCCCACGAUAGAUGCGCCAAGUGCUUCGAGGCCCUCGGUGAAAAAGAGGCAUCAAACGAAUCCCGCAAACUAUAUGAAGCGUGCAAGGCCAGCGACGACGCUGUUAAACAGGACGCUAGAAGGGCGGCGCUCGCCGCGCGCCAGGCGAAGGUCGACGCCAUCGCAAGACGCAAGGCCGCGAUGCUGCGGACGGACGACAAACGAUCGAAGCCGCCGCCGCCGCCGCCCGUCUCCGAAAAUACGGCGCCGAACCCGGCUUCCACGUUCAUUACUUUAGAUGGAGGCGCGGCGAUGCAGGACCUGGGCAUCUUCGACGCGGCGCCGCCCGCGCCCGGUGGGUUGGAUCUAGACGGGCUCGGGCUGUCCUCGGGGCUGUCGACGAACUUUUCGCCGUUUGGGGCGACGUCGGGGUUGUCAAUGGAUUAAUAUUGCGUUCUCUUA